GAACUUUGGGUCUUAAAAAUCUCUGGAAAAGUGUGUAUCUCCAGAAAAUUCGAGAGAAAAAUCUUCAGGAGAAAACCCUCUAAGAAGUGAAGAACUGUGGAUCCCUCUGAUAUAUACGCUUUAACAAAGUAUUGCAACGAAUACAUUUUUAAUUGUACGGUGAGUGUUUUUCCACGUGUCAUGCUUUUAAUUACACGAUCUAACUUUCUUCUAUCCUAAAAUUCAAAUGGAUUUCAAAUGUAGGGCUCAAUAGAGUUAAUUUUACGCUCAAUAAAGGCCAUUAUUUCAAAUAUUAGACUUGUUUCACUCUCUAUCUGAUUCAAGUUCUUUGUCACACUCGUUAUUUAAUAAACUAUUUUGAAAUGUACUGUCAUUGAAAAUAUUUAAAUUUUAAGACUUUUCAUUAUUUAAAGCAUUCUAAUGGAGUUUCUUAGUUAGAAAAAUAAAAAUAUCAUCUUUUAAUAAGUUUUUGUGGUGAUAUAGCUAAAAUCAUUUAAAUUUUACUAAAAAUCAAAUGAAGUUCAAAUUCUAAAUUGAACAAUGUUAUAUUUAUUGUGAUGUCGAUUAUAAAAAGUCUUGUUCACCAAGAUUUGCUUGUAUUUGGUCUUCAAGCCAAACUCUGAUAUGAUAUCCAUUUAUAAGAAGUUCAUUAUUCAUGAAAUAAGACACACCAAUUUAUUUUUUCUCUUCUCUACUUAGAACACAUUAUCAACACGAAGCUCUAGCGGUCUUAAGCUAAUAGGUAUUUAUUUUUAGUCUAUAUGCAAUCUUUUUCAAAUCAUGCUUAUUAUCAAUUCAUGGUUUGUAAGAAUGGAUUAUACACUGUAUGAGCUUAGGAGCUUUAGUCGACAAUAUUGUUCUACCCUUGUCUCUAGGAAAGAAAAUCGUUCGAUGAAGCAAACCAUUGUGUCUUCUUCUUCUAACCACGCAGAGAUUUUAGCCAUUCAUGAAGCUAAUCGCGAGUGCGUAUGGUUAAGAUCCAUCAUUCAACAUAUACAAGAAGAUUGUGGUCUAUCUACAGGGAAAUAAGCCCCAACAGUCAUGUAUGAGGAUAAUGCUGCAUGUAUUGCUCAACUCAAAGAUAGAUAACCAAGGGUAACAUGACAAAGAACAUUCUACUGAAAUUCUUUUUUACCCAUGAUCUACAGAAGAAUGGUGAUGUUCAUGUCGUUCAAGUUUGUUCAAGUGACAAUUUGGCUGACUUAUUGACCAAGGCGCUACCCACUGUUACUUUUAAGAAGUUGGUUCUUCUUAUCGGAUUACGUCUUCUCAAGGAUCUGGACGUCUGUAUACAUGUAUGAGGGGAAGUAAUUGGGUGAUGCACUCUUUUUCCCCUUAACCAUAGUUUUUUUCAUUGGUUUUCAUGUUAAGGUCACAUCAUACGCGCAUAAUAGACAUCAAGGGGAAGUGUUAUUUAUUGUGAUUUCGAUUAUAGAAAGUCUUGUUCACCAUGAUAAACCCUCAUAUUGUAUCUCUAUAUAAGGAGUACAUUAUUCAUGAAAUAAAACACACCAAUUCAUUUCUUCUCUUCUCUACUUAGAACAAACACACCCUUAGAAUUUCAGUCCAAUUUUUAUUUUAAGAUUAUCUAUUAAUCAUGUAAUUUAAAAAUUUAAAACAUCCCCCUAUAUAUUGAUUGAGAAGUCACUUAAGUGAUUUCUACUGACGUGUCGUUCAUAGGAGAGCUUUUCAAUUAAUUGUUAUAAUUUGAUUUGUUGAUGAUUUUUAAUUUUUAAUUUAUUAAAAAUAAAGUUUUUAAUGGAAAUCAGCCCUAAAUUACCUAAUCUAUUAUAUGUUUCCGAACAUACAAUUAAACAUCUUAAAUAUAGAUUAAUGAAUAUAAUUUAUUUAUAGAAACAAUUAAAUAUCAUAGAUUACAUUAUAUAAAUUGAUAAUCAACAUCCCCCUAUAUAUUAACUGAGAAGUCACUUAAUAGAUUUCUGCUGAUGUGUCAUUCAUAGGAGAGCUUUCUAAUUAAUUGUUAUAAUUUGAUUGGUUGAUAGUUUUUUAAUUUUUUUAUUUAUUUAAUUAAAGUUUUUAAAAAGAAACCAAUCCUAGAAUUACCUAAUCUAAUAUAUGUUUUCAAAUAUACAAUUAAACAUCUUAAAUAUAGAUGAAUUAAUAUAAUUUAUUUAUAGAAACAAUUAAAUAUCAUCGAUUACAUUAUAUAAAUUGAUAAUAUACAUUUAAAUACAUAUGAUACUAGAGAAACAAUUACAAAAAUGGUUUUAAAUAUAUUUAUAUUAGUAGUGAAUACAAUAAAUCAUAGAUUCCAGAAAACUAAUUAAUGUAAACCUAAUAAUAUUAAUUAAACUCGCUCAUUCACUCUCUAUAUAUAUAUAUAUGUAUAUAUGUAUGUAUAUGUAUAUUCUAAAGUGUUUCAAAUGAAUGCAAAACAGUCAAAUAUAUAAUUUUAAGAAAUUCUCAUUAUUUUCCAAAGACAAUGUGAUCAUAGAUAACUUAUCACUUUUAGAAAUGAUUAAAAUAUUUUAUAUUUUAAAACAUAAAAAUUAUAUGGUAAGUCAUUUAAAAUUAUAUUAAUCAAGAAAGGUUAUUUAAUUAAUCUAUUAAUAUAAACAGAUGAAUUAAAUUUAUUAUAUGGUAAGUCACUUAAAAUUAUAUUAUAUGGUAAUUCAUGUAAAAUUAUGAUAUAGUAAGUCAUUUAAAAUUGAAUUAAUCAAAGUAUUUUUCACAUGUUUUUUCCUAGAGUUAAUACUCUAUUAAAAUAAUUCAUAUAGCUUUGAUUAUAAUAAAAUUAGCAUGCUUGUUUUGAAUAGUAAAAAAAUAAAUGAGACAUAAAAAACAGGAGUGAAGAAUAAUAAAAUAUGUUUGUUGUGUUCUUGGUUCUUUUAUAUUUCUUAUGUAUUUAAUUUUUUUGUCUGUCGAGAUGCAUGUAUAUUUUGUGUUACUAUAAAUGUGAACUAAUUAUUUUUAUGUAUUUUUUAAACAUUGUGAUAAAUUGAGUAAGAAAGAUCAAUAAAAUGGCAUGUUCUACAAUUGUUAAAGUCAUAGAUAGAAAAUAUAAUGUAAAUUGCAAGUAGGAUAAAUUAUUUAAAAAUAAUGAGAUGUAUAUUUUGCGGUAUAAUAAACUUUUAAAAUGUACAAUAAUACAAUUAUUUUUAUACAAAUAAACAUAUUUAAUUUUGAUAUAAUAUCACAUUAAUAUUAAGUAUAUAUGCAUAAAAUAACAACAUUUCGUUAGUUAAAAUUUAAAAAUUAAUUUUUUCUUAUUAAUUAAUCAGAUUUAAUUAAAAUGGGUAUGUUUUAAAGGAAGAAAUGGUUUGUUUAACCCAUCUAAGUUUUAUGUUAAACACUAAAUAAAAGAUGAACGAAAAAGUGUAAUUUGUGAUUUGACAAAAUUAUAAGAACAAUUACUUAGAUUACCAUUUUCCUAAUACAUGUUUUCAUGUUUACAUUAACCAAAUUUAUCCUUGGUUUUAAAGAGACAAAUUAUACUAUAUAUUAAUUGAGAAGUCACUUAAGUGAUUUUUUCUUAUGUAUUGUCAAUAGGUUAAAUUUUUUUAAAAAAUAUAUAAUUUGAUUGGUUGUUGACGUUUAUUAGUUAUUUAUUUUAAUCAGAUCUAAAAAUAAAAGGCAACUAUAGAAAUAAUUAAUAUAAAUUACCAAAUAACACAUGUAAUUUUUUUUUUUUUGUCGUCAACACAUGUAAUAUUACAAAUAAUGAUUUAUGGUAACCAAUUGUAGAAUUGGAGAAAAAAUAAAUAUGUUUUAUCAAUUUCUUUUUUUAUCAAUUAUUUAUAUAAUUAAAUAAAAUACUUAACUUUUUAUAUUGAAUUUUUUUAUGGUUAUAUAUUCUUAUAUAAAAUAAUUAUAUUUGUAGGUAAAAAAGUAUUAGAACUUUUCAUGGUUUCUAAAGUCCACACAAAGAAAUUUACAAAAUAUCUUCAUGAUAAAAACAUCCGAUCAUUGUAUUGGUUUUACAAAAAAACACUUUUUUAUUUUUUGAAAGCUAGAGUAUUCUCGGUUUUUUCACACGUUAAAAUAAAAUAUAAAGUAAUUCUACAACCAAUUAUGUGAAUUGAUUAUAAUAUUGCUUUUAUGUAAGAGAAAUAUUUGUAAUAACUAAGGUUUACGUUGUUGAACUAUUUUUAAUCUCACUGAUCUUUAAAAAUAUAUAAUAAAAUUUUUGAUUAUCCAACUAUUUGAAAUUUAAAAUUAAAAUGUUAAAAUUUUAAUUAUUAUUCAAAAAUCAUAACAAUGUAAACUUAAUAUAUAGUUCUUUAUAUAAUAUAAUUACCCUCCAAAUUGUGGGCAAACACCUAAAAGUAAGCUCGAAGUCAUUCAAAUUCUCAAGAUGUGUUUUCCGGAUUUCAAAAUUCAAUACUUUCCAAAUGUGCAAAAUGGAAUUGCUGACUCGCUAGCUAGGAAUGUCCGUUCUUUUCAUAGAUCUUUGUGUUUUGUUGGUUGUUCUAUUCCGGUCUGGUUACCCAGACCACUUCAAGUUUGAGUAAUAGAAUAGCCGUUUGUUACCAAAAAAAAAUAAAAUAAAAAACACCUAGUAGUAAUUUUAUUUGAAUCUCUCAUAGGUUCUCGUGGAUGGAGUACAAGCACAAAACAAACUUUGGCAGCUUUGAAAGCACAGUAACCCAAAGAUUCGAAUCUUAAAUAUAAGAUUAGGGGACAUGUAACCUCAAAACACACGAAAAUGUUCAAAAAAAACUACUAAUUCUUUAACGGCUCUGUUUUUUUUUUCUCCUUUUCGCUGUUUUAGUUAGUUAUUUAUCUAUUUCAGAUGUCCUAAUCACAAGCAAACUUCAAAGAUUUGUCAAGAGAAAAAAAAUGGUCCUAGUUGAGGAGCUCUCAGACGUAACAACAUCACAUGGAGAAAAUGAUGAUGUAUCCUCCUAUGAUGAUGAUGACGAUUCAUUAACCCCAUCUAUGGUCUUCGACCAAAUCAUGGGACCCACAGUGAUGCUUGCAUCCCACGAGCACCCUUUCUACAUACACGGUAGCAGCAACGGUCACUGCGAUGGAUGUCCAGAACGUAGAGACAACGGUUUCUUUGGCUACAGCUGCCCUACCUGCGACUUGACUGUCCACAAAGAAUGUGCUGAGUCAUCGCCAGAGAUUAACCAUCCUUCUCACCGGAGACAUCCUCUCACGCUUUUUAAACAUGGCCUACCACUAGCUGCCGCAGACGAUAAGUGUCGUCUAUGUGGAGAAAAGCUUGGAAAAUUAGUAUACCAUUGCUCCAUAUGUGAUUUCAGCAUAGAUCUUUAUUGUGCGCGAAAUCCUCUUGAGUUAGUCGUUCACUACCCAAAAGGUCAUGAACAUAUCCUCACUCUCAUGCCAAGGCUCAUACGCUUCACUUGCAAUGCAUGUGGUCUUGAAUCCGACCGGUCUCCUUACGUUUGUCCUCAGUGUGAUUUCAUGAUCCAUGAAGAUUGUAUCUACUUGCCACGCGUCAUAAGCAUUAUACGUCAUAGACAUCGCAUCUCUCGCACUUAUUUUCUCGGCUCUGGAGAUUGGACUUGUGGAGUUUGUCGAAGGAGAGUGGACGGCAGAUAUGGGGCGUAUUGUUGCUCUAUUUGUCCAGACUACGCGGUUCAUUCAAAAUGCGCCACGAGAAGCGAUGUGUGGGAUGGGCGAGAGCUUGAGGACGAGCCAGAAGAAAACGAUGAAUGCGAAGAGCCCUUUUGGGUUGUGAGUGACGGGGUGAUAAAUCACUUUAGCCAUCGAGAACAUGAUCUACGACUCGAAGAUGGUCUUGCUAAUAUCCUUGGCGAGCAUACUCGUUGUAGAGCAUGCGUUCGUCCUGUCUAUUCUAACUCAUUCUACAGUUGUAUGCAUUGUGAUGAUUUCGUUCUCCAUGAAACAUGUGCUAACCUUCCUCGAAAGCAACGACACGUGCUGCACAAUCAUCAACUUACUUUGUACAAUGAUGAUAGCAUAGUCAUGGACUUUCCAAGUACUCGUGGAGUAUUCUUGUGCUCUGCUUGUGACCGACUAUGCAGUGGUUUCAGGUACGAAUGUUGCAAUAUCAAGUUAGAUGUAAGAUGCGGUUCAAUAUCCGAACCAUUCUUGUACGAAUGCCAUCCGCAUCCUCUGUUCCAAACUUCAAUAGGUAGCAAGAUAUGUGCGGUUUGCAAGCAAGAGUCGGUUUAUGUUCUUUCUUGUCUGGACUGCGAUUUUGUUUUGGAUUUCAAGUGUGCUACCUUACCAAAUAGGGUAAGGUACAAAUAUGAUAGAAAGCCUCUCAGUUUAUGCUACGAUGGAGACAAGGACGUGACAGGUAGUUACUGGUGCGAGAUAUGCGAGGGAGAAAUGGAUCAAAAGAUAAUGUUCUACACUUGCGAAAGUUAUGGCUCGACUAUUGAUAUUCACUGUGUACUCGGAGACUUCAGGUAUGUGAAGCCUCGACUGCAGUUUGAGUUCAAUGGAAAAAAAUGGAAAGUGGCUUUAAAUGGUAUAAAUCGACCAGGAUGUUACAAGUGUGGCUUUCGUUGCAAAGGACCUUUUGUUGCAGUAAGGGUAGACUAUGAUAAUGGUGUUGUUUGUUCUCUUUCAUGUUUAUGGAAAGGAGAUACUUUCGAAUUUGUAAGAAGAAUAGACUAAAUGAUAUUCUCCAUGACCAUCCUUCUUUUUAUGCAAUGUAACGAUGAUUCUCCAGAAGGUUUAAUAUUUUUGUUCUUCUUGGUUUUCUUUGGCCAGCACAUGAUCAUAAUCAAGAUCGGAUGGAAUAUAUUUCCAAGUAAACUAUUAGAAAAGUUAGCAUUUGUAGAUAAAUUAAUUUUCUAUUUUAGUCUGUAAGGAAUUUACUAGACAAUUAAUUAAUGAAGUUUGUAUAAAUAAACCUACAAAACUAGAAUAAAAUAACAAAAAUUAUCCUACUAUAUAAAAGGAGCUAAAUUAUUGAUUCCUAAGCCUAUCCACAUGUGCACAAAUAUUCAGGACCAACCAAUAUGCCAAGUCAUCACGAAGUGGGCUUGCAAUUAAAAAAAAAUUCAACAAUUCGCAGCCCAUUAGACUCAUCUCCUAGCUCACUCCCGAGCCACUCUCUCAUAAGCAUAAUCCCGUGUUCUAAAUAUCCUAUAUUAAAUUUUUUAAAACACUCAUAUCUUAGAAAUAGUUUUGAAAAUAUAUUUAUAUAAAUGUUUUUUUCUUGAAUAAUAUUUAAUUAUAUUUUUUAUAUCUUUUUAACUUCUAUAAUAAAAUAUUGUUUUCAGAUAGCAACAAAAUAUAUAUAAGAAUUAUCUUAUUUUU